AUUCCAAUUAUUCCUACUUGAUACCAAGACUAUAGCUGUUAGAUUAACAUACUGAUAUUCUACAAGAUGAAGGUCUUCUCAGUACUGUUUACAGUGUCUCUGGUUGGACUUUGCCACGGUGGAGGUGAUGACGGUAAGGGGGCAUUAAAGAGAGCAGUAGGUGGCAAACAACCUACUCCUAAUCCUGCUCAACCCACUCCUCAGAAGUUACCACGGGCAAAUGGACAGUCGGCUGCUCAGCCUGGUCAAAAGGCAACUCCAUCUACUCAACAAGGACAAGGUGAUGAUACUCUGGAUCUUGCUCAUCCUGAUAUGACAAAGGUGAAUUUGGUAACAGAUUGUAAGAAUGGAAUAAAGACAAAGAGAUAUACUCCAACGGGUGCUUCCAAAGUAACCUCUGUUGUAGAUGGUGAUAAGGAACUAUGGAAGAAAGCUGAAGAUUAUCAAAAGUUCCUAUCUGCAACAUUGUCAUCCAAGGGUAAUUCCUCAUUACUUUUAAUUUCUACCAAUGCUGGUAUAAAACACUUUAAGAAGGAUAGUACUAGUUGGACUUCAUCGAAUGAGAAAGACUAUGAAGAGAAACUAAGGGAAAUGAGGUACACUGACUAACCAGUCUCCUACUUCCCUCUCUCAAGCUUUUUAAUAGUGACUCCUUGUAGUUGUACCAAGUCAUCCAUAUGGUCUAUAAUGCAAUACCCACGGUAUCUUCUUUAUAUUCCACUAAAGUGUACAUUCUCAAUUAAUGGUAGUCUUUUACAUG